AUGAGGCUGUUCGCAGUGAUUUACUGUCUAGGCUGGGCCUUGAGCCUGGCGAAUGCCAAGAAUGCGGAAUCGGGCAGGUUGUUAGCCUCACUUCAAGCAGCUCCGGCUCCAGCGCCACCACAAAGUGUAGUCUACAAGCUGCCACCACAGCACUAUUACCCACCUCCUCCGCCGCCUCCUCCUCCACCGCAGCACUGCAAUUGUCCACCGGGACCACCAGGGCCACCGGGUCCUCCUGGAUUACCGGGAUUACCUGGAGAAAAGGGGCCCAAGGGACACAGCGGUUCGAAGGGAGAGCGAGGAGAGAAGGGAGAACGUGGACAUCACGGAUUACCAGGACCACCGGGAAUGCCGGGACCCAUUGGACCACCAGGAAUACCCGGUCCACCCGGUCACAAAUGGAGAGAUGACCAUCAUCACGAUCAUGAUCACGACCACGGUCACGGUCACCACGAUAAGGGUCACCACGAACAUCAUCAUCACCACCAUCCGGCUCCUCCUCCACCUCCACCACCUCCUCCACCACCACCGCCGCCGCCACCGCCACCUCCACCACCACCGCCACCACAUCAUCACCACCACCAUCCACAUCCACCACCAAUCCUGCCGCCUCCCAUUAUAGUUCCUGUUCCCAUACCACCACCACAGAAGGGUGGAGGCCACCACCAUCACCACAAGGGAUCCAAGGGAGCACCAGGACCGCCGGGACCACCAGGAAUGGGAGUACCCGGCCCACCAGGACCACCAGGAAAUGUGUAUCCUCCUCCGCCUCCACCUCCACCACCUCCUCCACCACCGCCUCCAGCAUACCCACCGUACCCUUACCCACCACCCGGACCCUAUCCAGGACCAGGACCUCAAAUCCCCUGGAUUCCCGUGCCAGUGCCAGUUCCUUGGCCCUCAAAGGGUCACAAGGGCGGUCACAAGGGAGACAAGGGCGGCCAUCACCAUCACUAUUACCCUCCGGGUCACAACAAGGGCGGUCCAUAUCCUUAUCCACCAAACGACGGACAUGGAGGACACCAUCCACCAGGGCCUUAUCCACCAGGACCUUAUCCGCCACCUUAUCCGCCACCAUAUCCACCAAAUGGCGGUGACCACGGACAUCAUCAUCACCCUCAUCAUCCAUCCCACAAUCAUGGAGGGCACCAUCCGCAUCAUCCAUCGCAUCAUCAUGGAGGAGGCAAUGAUGGACACAACCACCACCAUCCCCCGCAUCAUCACGGUGGUGGAAACGAUGGUCACAACCAUCACCACCAUCCCUCCCACAACCAUGGAGGAGGUAACGAUGGGCACAAUCACCAUCAUCCCCCUCACAAUCAUGGAGGAGGAAACGAUGGGCACAACCAUCAUCCCUCGCACAAUAACGGAGGACAUGGUCAGCAUAGCCAUCAUCCUUCACCUCCUUCUGACAAUAAUCAUCACCAUGAACCAAAACCCAAUGAGCCAGGGGGAAGUGGAAGUCAAACGCCACGAGAUGAUCUGGACUUCCUGGAUGAAGAUGUUGAGAUCGUGGAAAACAUAAUCGAUGAGAAUGACCAAAUGGAUCCAGAGGAGGAAGUGCCUUACGAGCCUGCUGAUUUAGAAACGGAACCCGAGGACCCAGAAUAUAAUGGCUACAUUGAUAACACAGUGGAAAAUGUGCCUUCCGGUGAAUCCGUUGAAGAACCAAAUGAGGAGGAUCAAAAUUUAGAAACGGAAAACUAUGUCCAAGAAGUCGAAGGGGAAGAAGUAGUAGAAGAGGUACCCACGAUGGAGGAUCAGAUGGAAAGUAUGGAUGAAAACCUGGAUGAAAACUUGGAGGAUACUAUGAUGAUGGAGGAGGGUGAUGCAAUCGAGCAGCGAAACAGCAAAGGUCCCAUUAUCCUGGCCAUUGGCACUCCUAGAAAUCCGUUUCACAUUUAUGCCUAUGAACAGUAUGGCCUCAACAUGAGGCUGCUGGCAAUUCUGCUGUUAUCAGCCAUCUCAACAUUAUGCGAGGGAUUGUGGAGUUUCACACCGGUUCAACCGGCUAAAACAGAGUCCCGCCCAAAAAUAAAGAAGUCACAUCAUAGGAACUAUGACCUCUACUACUACAGCCCAGAAACGAUAAGUUCGUUAUAUUAUGGAUCUCAGCAAAACUGUCAUUGUCGACCAGGACCGCCGGGUCCUCCAGGUCCACCUGGAUUACCUGGUCGUUCGGGCGAGGAAGGACCACCCGGUGAAAAAGGAGAUCGCGGUGAUCGUGGGGAAGCUGGCGAACGUGGAAAAAGGGGCAGACCGGGACAUCCCGGUUUUCCGGGACCCAUUGGACCACCAGGGCAGCCUGGAUCUCCAGGAAAAUCCGCCAAGCAUCAAACCACAAAUGAAAGCAAUGAAAAGCAACCAACAAAACCUGACAACAGAAAGGCAAUUAAAAAACCAAACAAACCCAAGGCAACGCAGCCUUUGCGGGUAAAUUCCAUUAAAUUGAAGGGUCUUAACGUUAGAUCACAACUGACCCAAAACACAAAUCAAAAUCGCAAAAGACCGACUGCUUCUCCACUUUCCAAUCGCAAAAGAAUUAAUCAGAGCAGCAAGAUAAACACAUCAAAUAAGAACCGAAAAACAGUGUCCAAUUCCCAAAGUCAUAAAACAAGCCCACAAAUCGGCAAACGAAAGGUAAUUAAAAACACCAGUACAACCAAUAAAACUAAUUUGAGUAAUUCAAAACGUCGGCCUUCAGCUUCUAAAAAUAAUGGAACAAAUCUUGUCAUGAAGCCGAAUUCACUAAAAGCAAAUUCUACCAUAAAUUUGAAUACCAACCAAGUCGCAUCGCACCAAAAGAAAAACGAAACCAAUAAGGUUGUGAAAAUUAGUCAAAUUAAUUACGCAAUAAAUCAAGAAGUACAGCAUGAUGGUAAUAAAAUGGCAAUCAAAGAACCCGUUCAUGAUGAAAAAGUAUCCGAAGGUAAUUCAAUAAAGAAUGAGGUGUCCAACUUGGAAGCUGGAGUAAUACAACCUAAUUCGGAGACACUUAAUUCUACAGAGCCGGCACCUUUCUCUAAAAACGAAUUAACGCCUAAGAUAAGUCAAGUUGAACACAUAGAACGACAUGAUCCUAACCAAUUAACCACACAUAGUGAAGAUAUAUCUCCUGAUAUUAAUACAACAACUAUUCAAAAUGAAACCUCCGAAAUUGUUAACAAACAAGAAGAAGAAACGCCUAAAGAAUCUACAGAGUUGAGUAAUAACAAACUUAAUGAAAAUAUUGUUUUUGAUAUCGAAACCACAACUAUUCAACCCAUUGAGAUAAGGACAACUGAAGCAGAGGUUACGACUGAAAAAGGUACAGAUGAGUUAAAUACAAUCUCCACAGAAAUUCCAGAAGUAGCUACCACAACUAAUUUAUCCACGAAUGAGGAGUAUUUAGAUAGCUCCACUACCCUAGAACCUUUAUUAAGCACCGAUAAUCCUGCAAGCACUUCAACAGAAGUAACUGAACCAGAUGAAUACACAACACUUUUCCCGGAUGCGCAAACAACAAACAAAAAUGAAUUGGAAAAUCUGGAAAAAGAACCAGGCACUUCAACCGAUGAAUCAGUAACUAUCAAUACAGAACCGGAUGACCCACCAACCACAAUGGGAAACGUAAUCGCUGAUGAAGAUCGAAUAAUAUCUUCCACUCCUAAAGAAUCGGAAUUCGGUAUCCCUGUAUCAAUACAAAUUGAAACUACGCCUGAGGCAAUAGACACCACACAAGCAAAUUUCCAUGAUAUGUGA